AUGAAAGUCUGUGAGUACAACUCAUGUUUACAAAUUACAAGUUUUGAAAACACGUGAAAACGAGUGGAAAUUAUUUUAAAGAAAAUGACUUGGAAAGCUAGUACACAAGAUAGUGAUAUCGAUUCGAUAGGAAAAUCUGAUGAUGAAUCAGCUGAAGAAACACAUCAAGAAGAGCCUGUAAAGAUUGGCUCCAAACGAAAACAAGAUUCCACAAACGAAACAACUUCUAGAAAGAAAAAUAAAAAAUUAUUUCAACCACCGACCGUAGAAGAAUUAAAUGAAUUACGUGAAACAGAAAAUUUAUUUAAUUCGAAUUUAUUUCGAUUACAAAUCGAAGAAAUUCUUAAAGAAAUUACACUCGAACAUAAACAUGAACAACAAAUCAAUAGUUUCUUUAAUAAUUUUAAAAAGUUCGUUGAAGAAAUUCCCGAUUCAAAUGAGUAUCAAUUAAGUGAUUUAAGUUUUUUGGAUAAGUACAAAAUUAAGUUACCUUUGUUUGAAUUACCAACACAAACUCGUGGAUUUUUUAAAUUUAUUAAACCGAAAAAUGUUGAAAUAUUUCGAUUACAUCAAACGAAAUGUACGAUAUUACGGCGUCGUGAAAUAACAAUUGAUAUUAAUUUAGAAACACCUUUAAAAUGUUUCCAUAAAACUGACGCGGUAAAUGGACGAUUUUUAUUAAAACGUGCGAUUUAUUUGGGAUAUUUAGCAUCGAAAUUACGUGAAAAUAAAAAAUUCCGUACCGAGCGCGUUUCAAUGCGUUACACAUUUCAAAAUGGGAAUCUUUUAAAACCAUUAUUAUUAAUUCGAUAUAAUUCACAUAUCGAAUUUCGAAUUCAUGUAGCAGUUGAACCGAAUUUAUUAAAAUAUUCAAAAUUUAAUCCGUUAAAGAAUAAUGUACAUGGGGUUUGGUUUUUCGAACAUGAUGAUAAUUUCGAGUCUUCGACCCCAUUUUAUAAUAGUUGUAUUCUGGAAGAUUUAACUUCGAUGGAGAAUAAUCAAGUUUUAUAUGAAAGUUUAAAAGAUUCGAAAAAUAUUCAAGAUGGCUUAAAGUUGUUACAAGUGUGGUUGAGACAGCGUGGCUUGGAUGUUGGUUUUGGAGGGUUUACAACGGAGUUGAUGGCUAUGUUUGUGGUUUAUUUGAUUAAAACGAAGAAAUUGAAUAAUGCGAUGAGUAGUUAUCAAGUUGUACGAAAUGUUUGGGUUAGUUUAGGAGAUAGUCAUUGGACAGAACGGGGUCAAGGAAUUACACUAUCGAAUAUUAAAAAAGAGAAUCAACCGGAUAUGAAUGAAUUCCAUGAUCAUUUUCCAGUUGUUUUUGUUGACGUUACUGGUUUCUAUAAUUUAGCCGCGUUUUUAAAUCCACAUAUUUAUUUAAAAGUUUGUACAGAGUGUAAAAAAGCUGUGCAAUAUUUGGAUGAUACUUUUAAUGUUAAUAAUUUUCGACAUUUGUUCACCGAAAAAAUGCUUUUUCAUCAACAAUAUGAUCAAAUUGUAAAAGUAAAUAUAAAAAAUAUUAAAUUUUACGAUACAUUAAUCGAGCGUCAUGAACGCUUAGAUUAUAUGACCUUCAAGCAUCCAUUAUGGUUAAAACAAAUCACAAACGUUUUAAAGAAAGGUCUUUCAGAUCGUUUAACUCAAUUAUGUCCAAAAUUAAAUGAUCCACCCGAAUGGGAUAUAAAUGAAUCCGUACCAACAAUUGAUGAAAUAAAUUCGAUUAUAAUUGGCUUCAAUCUAAACGAAGAAAAAGCAUUUAAUAAAAUUGAAAAAGGACCUAUUGCAAAUUUACCGGAAGCAAUUGAAUUUCGUGAAUUUUGGGGUAAAAAUAAAACGGAAUUACGUCGUUUUAAUGAUGGCUCAAUAAUGGAAUGUAUUAUUUGGGAUUCAAGUGAUUCGAAUAAGUUAACACGUCGUGAUAUUUGUACGAAAAUUAUUAAUUAUUUAUUAGAGUCGAAAUUAUUUAUUAAAUCGGAGAGAAUUCAACAUAUUUGUGAUGAAUUUAUGCAAUUAGAUGUACAGGAUUCACAGGAGGAUGAUGAUGAUUUAUCCUUAAGGAUAAUACAAUCGUAUGAUAAUUUAGUGAAAAAAUUACGUAGUUUACAGAAUUUACCAUUGGAUAUAACAGCGGCCCAAGGUGCUUCAAGUGUUUUCAGUUAUACAGACGUAAAUCCUGGUGCUACGAUUACAAAAAUUCUUCCAAAACACAAUAAAUUUAACAAAAUUAAUAAAAAAAUGAAACCAGAAACUUACAAAAGCAUUAAACCAUUCGAUGUUGUUUUAAAUUUAGCGUUAAGUGGUAAAUGGCCACAAGAUUUACAAGCAUUACGACAUUUAAAAGCGGCAUUUUAUUUAAAAAUUGCUAAACAAUUAGAAACCGGACAUAAAAUCAAAUGUUUUGUCCAUACAAAAUAUUUGGAUGUUGUACAUGAUGAUUGGGUGUUUCGUUUAUAUCUUUUAAUUACAAAAGAAAUUGGAUUAAUGAAAAAAAUUGUGGAUACCGACGAAGCGGGUCUUGUAAAAUAUCGUGAUACUGAAGAAAGUUUACAAAUGGAACGGCAAUUAAUACAUUUACCAAAAUUAACAAGUGCUCUACUAGGUUUACACAGUCAAUACGUAUCGUACAGUUCAGCAGCACGUUUAACGAAACGUUGGUUAUGCUCACAACUGUUGGACAAUGGUCAUAUUCCAGAUGUGGUGACUGAUUUAAUAAUCGCUUCAUUGUAUGUCACUCCUGAACCAUAUGAUGUCCCGAAAUUACCACAAAUUGCAUUUAUACGAUUUUUACAAAAAAUGGUUACCACCGAUUGGCAAACGGAUCCAUUCAUUGUGAAUUUUAAUAAUGAAUUAACAAGUACAGAAAUUAAUGAAAUCCAUACAACAUUUACAAAAACCCGACAAACAUUGCCACCAAUGUUUAUAAUUACCCCGUACGAUCAAGGAAAGUCAAUAUGGACACGAGAAGCGCCCACACUAAAUAUAUUAUUACGGUUACAAGUAUUAGCGAAGCAAACACUUGAAUUUAUGAAUAACUAUGUUUAUGAUUCAUCAGAAGGGUCUUACAACAAUUGUGAACGAUUAUUUAAGGCAUCAUUAAGCGGUUACAAUGUUAUCAUUAAAUUAAAAGCAACGAUUUUAAAACAAAAAUCGAAGCUAGCAUCAACAUCCGUUUCUCAAAUGAAUCAUUUUAAAGAUAAUACAAUAAUUGCUACAAAUCCAAUUGAAUCGUAUUUAAACGAUUUACGACAAUUUUAUGAUGAGUACGCAUUAUUCUUCUAUAAUCCACAUGGUGGCAGUUCUAUAGUAGUUUUAUGGAAACCUCCAGCAUUCAAGGAACGUGAAUUUAAGGUCUCUCAUAUAAAUGGCCGAAAAUUAUCUAUACAAGAAGAUACAGCUAGCUUAAUUGUAAAUAAAGAAGCCAUCUUAGAUGAUUUUCGAAUAUUAGGCGCUGGUUUAAUUGAAUCUGUUGAAGAAAUCACGACGUAGAAGGAAAGAAAACAAAAAGAAUUAU